AUGCCGCCCGCUGCUUACGCCGCCACCGCCGCGCCAUCACGCUCCUACCUGGCAUACGCCCCCUUCAUGCGCUACCUUAGGAGGAGAAAGAGAGGAGGAGGAGAGGAGGAGAGGAGGAAGAAGGAGGAAGAGAAGGAGGCCGCCGAAGCAACCGCGCCUUCGCCCUCUUGCGCUCCUGCAACGUCGCCGAAGCAACGCCGCCAGGCUGCGCCACGGUCCCUCAGAAGCGGCAACCCACAACCGACCAUCUCGGUCGCCAUUCUGCAGUGGGUUCAUCCAGGCCACCGCCUCCUCAGCCGCCGCCGCCUACCUCCGCCGGUGCUCCCGACCUUGCGCCAGGACAUCCAGGCCGCCGAGCUGCGUGGCCCGCUCGGUCGGCCUCCUCCGGGCGGCUGCCGGAUCGGGACUGGGCUGCCGGGGGUGCUGUACUGGAGCAGCGGCGACGGCGGCAGAAGCAGGCUGCUUGCGGCGCGGGCGCGCGGCAGGAACAGGUUCAGUGGCGGAGGGCGGGGAACGACCAAGGAUGAGGCGGCGGAGGAGGACGAGGAGCAGGCCAUCGACGUGGUGAUCGUCGACGCAGGGGACGACGAGGAGUACGCCUCCGACGAGGUGUCUGGGUUCAGGGGCCUCGUUCUUGAUCUCUCUUACAGGCCUCUGGUGUUGUUCAGGUUCCACAGUUGCUCAGGUAGUAAAGAGACGAAGAGUCAAGCAGAGCCUUAG